AUGUCUACGACGCCGGUGGUCAACUUCAUCACUGGCAACGCCAACAAAUUGCGCGAAGUCAAGGCAAUCUUAGAGCCCGGCAUCACUGUACAGAGCAAGACAGUCAACCUGGAGGAAGUUCAAGGUACGGUCGAAGAAGUCACCCUGGCCAAAUGCCGCAAGGCAGCGGAAAUAAUUCAAGGCCCCGUUCUCGUCGAGGAUACUUGCCUCUGCUUCAAGGCUCUCAACGACCUUCCCGGCCCGUACAUCAAAUGGUUUAUGGAAUCCAUUGGCCACCAGGGCCUGAACAAUCUCCUUGUUGCGUACGAAGAUAAAUCCGCCGAUGCUGUCUGCACCUUCGCUUAUUCGCCAGGCCCCGGUCAUGAGCCUAUCCUUUUCCAGGGGCGAACGAGGGGCAAGAUUGUUCCACCCCGAGGCCCAGCCGAUUUUGGAUGGGAUGCCAUCUUCGAAUAUGACGGCCAGACCUACGCCGAGAUGGAUAAGACCGCCAAGAACAAUAUCUCCCACCGUGGUCUUGCUCUAAGGAAGCUGCAAGACUGGUUCGCUCAGCAGUGA